AAUAAAUAAUAAUAAUAACUGACAAACCUCAAACGAUUUUCUGUUAAAUUCUCACAUGUUUACUGCAGAAUCCACACGGCCCAUGGGAUGGAAAAAGUCAAAUAUUCGAGGGUAAAAAUUGCCUCUCACAUGCUUCUCUUCAUUUUCACUCUGCCAGAAAUUCGUCCCUUCACAUAACAAGCUUCCCCAACGCACCACGUAGCGAAGAGCUGGUUAGUGGGCCUUUUCUUCAUAAUUAAUAAGAUACUCUGGCCUCGGAAUUUUACACCAGUGCCUAUGCAAAGUAGGUGAACAGUGACCUCCUGUGAUAAGCAGGGGCGUUGAUAUACGUUCGAAUUUCCCAUGUGCUACGGUAACACCUCCGAACAUCAUCAGGAAUCAGUCAUAGUACACCACCGUAGCAGACAAAAUUCCGCGUAUGAAAACUCCUUGUGAUGGCCGCACCCUUGAGAAAGCUAGCCUAGGGGCUUGUAGAGAGCUUCCGUUCUCGUCCGCGCUCGGUAGAGAGAUAACGCUUUUGCCAGCUGCCACGAAAAAAACAACCAACGAAAAUAACUCAUAUAGGAAAUAUUCUAGUUAAUACAAUCGUGAAGGAGAUCUGAUGUUGUAGCGCGCUUAGCUCCAACUGCCGAGCGCUAAAAUGACCAAUCACAUCCGCGAAGAAGAAAACAUUGCCGACUCACCCAUCGUUUCUGCUUCGUUUCUGACGCUGGCUGGCAUCAUCCUCAUUCUCAAUACCAACACAUAUCUACCACAACGUCAAUCAAUUAGGUUUUGGCUACCGCUUCUUUCACGAGAAAAGUAGGCAGGCCACUACUUGACCCUUUUCCUUUCCAUCUCUCUCGCGGCGACAUCGUCGUCGCCCACACUCCACUCCAUUUCCUCGACAUCGGUUCAUUGAGACCCCUCCCUCUCGGCCUAGCCGCGUCUAACUUAUAGAGCCCGAUAAUGCCCGCCCGUCCUCCUUCUCUCCCGCUACGGUCUCGCUGCCUCCUCCGAUCGCCACAGCCUCGCCAGCCGUUCUCGACGCAGAGCUCGCUCCGUGGUGCUCAUGGCGACCACCACUAUGACCCGCCAACCGGAUGGCUUUGGGGAGUGAAGCCCGGACACAAAUACGUCAAGGAGGGAUGGGAAGGCCUGUGGACAUAUGGAUUCGUCGGUAGUUUGCUUGUCGCUGGUAUCGCGUAUUCUUUCAAGCCUGAUACUUCGAUACAAACGUGGGCUCUCGAAGAAGCUCGAAGGCGACUAGAGAAGGAAGGCAUUCUUGAAGACCCCGACGUUGUCCAAAAGAAAUAGCCGAAUUGUCUACGCCCUAAUCCCUAUGUAUAUAGAGCUUCAGUUCAACGUGGGAGGGAAAAAGCAGAGAGAGAUAGAGUUGCCCUUCACUAUAUCAACUAUCGGACAUUUCACCCGAAUUCGUUUUGUGGGGAAAGUGUGAGACGGAGUGGAAUUGUUAUUUUGUCAUUUUCGAGUUAGUUUCUUUACGAUGCAUGUCUCGGGCAUUGCCGCCUUGUCUCUUUUCCUUUCGUUUUCUAUUUGCUUUUCCCUAUUCUUGGAGGCUUAAUCCAAAUCCCGUUUCAAUUGUCGAUAUGGGAGGCUGUAGAUCAAAGUUUGGGUUUUGGUCGCAGUCCAUAUCCAGCUUACUAGAACCACCAAGCUGAUGUAAAAUAUCACAUCUCUACACACAUCUAUCUGGAUAUAUGCAAGCCAGAGCAUAUCUGCAUCGAGCUCCGUUUGUUGGCACUAGACAAAAAGAGGAACUUUAUCCAAAUUCUUAGUGGAACCAGCUACCAAGUGGUAUACUGUCUAGUUCAUCAUAAAAUGUUCAACCAGCGUAAUAAGGAAGAGCCUAUAUCUCGGGGUAUACAUCUAUCCUCCUCAGCAAAGGCAUCUCCCUCCUCACCUUCUCCAAAAGUUCCAAAUCAAUAUCAGCGACGGCAAUUUCCGGCUCUUGCGAUAGGCUCCCUCCCCCAAGUUUAGCAACUACCUCACCCCACGGAUUUACUAUCAUUGAAUGUCCAUAGCUGAUUCUCUUGUGGUUGUGGGCACCGGCUUGCGCUGCUGCAAUGACAUAUGCCUGUGUCUCGAUGGCUCGUGCCCGCAGUAGAGUCUCCCAGUGUGCCUGGCCGGUUGGCACUGUGAAUGCGGAUGGGUAGGUUAUUAUCUGUGCGUUCUGCCUUCUGAGUGAUAGACUGAUUUCUGGGAAGCGGAGCUGUGUUUAUUGUAGUAAGUAGCGGAAGACUAAGUGGGUUUUUGGUGUGGCCAAGCGUGAAAAAGAAAGAGAAGAGGUCAUAUUGAGCAUGGUCGACAUACAUCAAAGCAAAUGCUUAGGCCAACUCUGCCAACUGGGGUAUUGAAAGGAGGUAGUAUUUCCAUCCCUUUCUCGACGCUCCUAUUCAGAGGAAGACAUAAGUAUAGUAUUCUUCAAAAUGUAUGCAUAUCAAAACUAUUUAGUCGGACAGUGUGUACAUACCUGCUCUCCUUCAACACAGGGCCAUCCAUGAUAUCAACAUCAAACAGAUGUAUUUUCUGAUACCUUUGUGUGAUCUCUCCCGUUUCAUCAAUCCAUAUCAAUGUAUUCUUCACCUUCUC